UUCCGAUGUUCCAUCGUCAGUCUUUCGGUACAGUUGGCACGGCUCGGUCGCGGUUAUUCACUCUCCACCAACUACGGUGUGGACAGGCGUGCGUGCGUGUGGUCCGUGUGGCCCCAAGUCAAGUGUCCUCUGGUGCCCCGUACCGUCGUUGUGCCACCUCUUGCCUCGUCACGAGAACCAGAAGCGGGUUCGUUUGUACAAAGUGGCCAAAAAGUGUCAAUUUUCCCAGGGAUCAAGCUACGGUGUCCAGAUAUCCGGAAUCCAUCGGUAAGACCGCGGCCAGUUGCGGGUCCAGGGUCACUGCAGCAGAAGCAGCAGCAUCGGCUCGGCUCGGCUUGACAACACCGCGACAGUCGGAUAAGACAGUAACAAUCGGAAGCAAUCAUACGAGUUUAGGUGUGUGUGUGUGCGUUUUUUUUUGUGUUGGUGGUAAACAAAAAUAGUGCCAGGAAGAAGAAGAAACGGAAGAGUUUCGACUAGCGGCCGAUCGAAGAUCCAGUGUUUGCUGUAAAUUUAAAUUUUUGAUGAAACUUGUGUGCCCUUUACCCUUUGUGGAACGUACAACAGAAAAGCAAAGAAUAACUGUGCUUCUAGGGACCUGGGUUCUUUAAUUUUUAAACAAACGCCAACGCAGAGCCGAGGUCUCGUAACCAGGAAACAGGACUUCUCGACAAAAAGAAUCGCGAGCGUCACCACUGUCAAUGUCGUGAGCCCGGUUACCGCCGCUGCCAAAGCGAUUAACAGGACGGAACCGGAAACGAAUCGAGCCCGUGACACUUGACGAUAGAACCAAAACAGCAACAACAGGGUAAAAACAACCAAACCGGAACAAAGUAACAAUCGAAGCAGGCCAAACAAACCAGUAACUAUCGCGGAACCAACAAAAACCAAGCACAUACGCUCAUACAAAUGCACACAGACACAGAUUGACACACCCGAGGGGAGACAGCUUUUUAAACUAUAGUAUUAGUAGUCUAGGGACAUCAAACGAGAACCUGCAAUCCUUGUGCCACGACCCACAUCACGCCAUCGGUUUUAGUCACGGUUUUUAGUGUACUUAAACAAAAAAAAAACUAAAAUCCAAAACAACAACCAAAACACACGGCAUAGUCUAGUAUUUAAUACACACACACAUACACAAACACAUACACACAAAUGGAGCGAAAACUGCUGUACGCCUUCCGGGGCUGGAUAGCGUUCGUGGCCUUUAUGGACCUGGGAACGGCGGUGCGGUGCUACAUCGAGCGGAGGAGCUUCCUCGGGGAUCACUCGGAAACGCAGUUUAUCGAAGGGGAUUAUACCAUUUCCAGGAUAUUGGGAAUCUACUGCAUCCUUAAGGCGGUGGCCCUCGUGCACUGCACUCUGUACAUACACUACAAAGCCGUGGUCAGCAUGGGUGGCUGCUCGCUGGCCAUCACGAUGAUCCUGUACAUUACCGAGGCCUUGUACUUCCGCUCGACGACGCUCAACUUUUACGUCAUCUUUCCGUGCAUCCUCAACUCAAUGACUCUGGUCGGACUGCUGUACAUCCCGCGGCGGCUCCGGCUCUGGGAGCACCGGUCGGAGAACGACGACGAGAACGCGACCCUGCUGAAGCAGAUGGGCGGCUACAAGAAGCGCUCGCGGGCCCACAAAAACAAAACCCCCUGAAUGCGGUGCAGUUCCCGGCUGCUGUGGAUCGUCUAGACAAACUAACCUAGAGAGGUUAUAACUUAUAAGGUAUAUAUUCGAAAAUCCAACCCAAUCCCGCCCCACCCCAACUGAUUUAUUCAAACACAUCACGAGACACAUUUCGCGCAUAGCAACAUAAAAAUCCCGCCAAAUUUCCCACACAAAUAUGGUCGCCCCAAAACUGAGGUGGGAGGCCACUUUUAAGCCCGCGAACGGAAGUCGGACACGGAACUUCCCGAUUUGUUUUAUGUUAGGUUCGUUGUUGAUAAAUUAAAGUAUGUUGAAAAGACACCACACACACACAUUUGUACUUAACAAAUUUCAAGCCCCCGCGCCAAGAAGGAAGUGGAAAUGGUUUGAAAACAACGGCAACCAACAACACAAUGUGAACACGAAAAGCUUUAAUACAUUUAUAGUGAAAUAAACAAAAACAAGGUGAAAAUUAAACAUAAAACGAAAUUAACAAAUUGAAACCAAUUAAGAUUAAAAACAAGAAUCAAUUUGUAGGGUAAUUUAAUAGCUAUGAUAAAAAAAAUCAAUUACAAUGAAUAAUUAAACAAACAUAAAAGGAUCACACGCCGCGCCGACCCGGCUCUGGGUGGCCAUAAAUUAUCGCAUUAUUUAGGGUAAAUCAAUUGAAAAGGCGCUUUUUACACACACACACACACACAUAACUCACACGCACUCGUUCUGCAUUUAUCGCACGCAAAAACGGCAUCAGAAUCCAAUGAUGAUGAUCAUGAUGCGGCUGCUCUGACAUUUUUGCAUUUAAAAUUUAUCGAAAUCAAAAACACACAUACACACAAAAAGGCCACGCCACUUUCGAAAUCGUAGUCUGUAGAGAGCCCACCACAAAUUCGCAAACAAUUCACUUUUGGUCUGAAAGAUAAAAAAAAAUAAUGAUAAAAGCACACACAAGAACAGCAACAGCAAAAAAAAA